AUGGUUGCAUCUCAGAUUGUAAAUACAUACCCUCUGUCGAGCUACACCUUCGGCACCAAGGAGCCGAAAAUGGAGAAAGAUACCUCCGUCGCCGAUCGCCUCGCCCGCAUGAAAGUCAACUACAUGAAGGAAGGUAUGAGGACCAGCGUCGAGGGAAUUCUGCUGGUUCAAGAGCAUAAUCAUCCUCAUAUUCUUCUUUUGCAAAUUGGAAAUACGUUUUGUAAACUUCCAGGCGGCAGGUUGAAGCCAGGAGAGAAUGAAAUUGAGGGGUUGAAAAGGAAAUUGUCAAGCAAACUUGCUGCUAAUUCGCCUUCUCUUCAGCCAGACUGGCAGAUUGGCGAGUGCGUGGCUAUGUGGUGGAGACCGAAUUUCGAAACCAUCAUGUACCCUUAUUGCCCUCCACACAUCACAAAGCCUAAGGAAUGCAAGAAGCUUUUCGUUGUUCACCUGUCUGAACGUGAGUAUUUUGCUGUGCCAAAGAACUUGAAGCUCCUUGCUGUUCCAUUAUUUGAACUAUAUGACAAUGUUCAGAGAUAUGGACCUGUUAUAUCUACCAUUCCACAGCAGCUAUCGAGGUUUCAGUUCAACAUGAUCCAUCAAUAG